UCUCAGUCACAACAUGUGAUUUGCACGUGACUAAUCACAACGCUCUUCCUCUCGAACAGUCGUCUUUAAACUCUGUCGAGCCAACGACUCGCGGCCCGUCGCGCGAUAGUUCGUUGAGCCUUUUUAUCGAUAACCUGGGCCUGAGCCAAUUAUCCACCAUAUUCCGCUCUUCUUUGUGUUUGUUUAUCGCAGAAAGAAUCUGAUUGCAAGUCUGUUGUCUGGUUGCUGCUGUACACUGCAUGCAAGCAUCUCCUGCGUCCUCAGGCAUAUUCUCAAAACCUGCCCCUCGCUCCUGUCCGAAUCUUCCUUCGAUCUAAUCUUCGAUCUCCACACUCCCACUCCUCCGCCGCCCACCCCGUUCUCCCCUGUGCCGACCCUGUCCUGAUCUAUAUGCAAUCUUGAAGCUUCUGCUUCCGUGUAUCCACAAACAUGCGCCUUUCUUACUCUUCACUUAUUAUCAGCAGUGAGGCGCUCAGUUUGCUCACCGGAUCAAUAUCGGUGGCUUGCUGGGCAAUGGUUUUCUCUCCCCAGCUCUACGACAUUUUCCGAAGACAAAACGCAGAUAACCUCUCCGUCUCAUUUCUCUGGCUAUGGUUCUUUGGCGAUCUCGCAAACAUAGCUGGCUGCAUCUUACAAGAAACCCUUCCGACUAUGACCAUCCUGGCCGUAUACAACACCCUCGCCGACCUCGUCCUGAUCUUCCAAGCAGCCUACUACCGCCGCCGCCGGAUCCGCCGCAUAUUCCAGAUGUACUCCUCCAGCGAACCCUCGCGAUCCAGCAGGAGCCCAUCCCGAUCGCAAGACGCGCUCGACGAUUCGAGUGAUUCCGAGGACGAAACAGCACAAGACGCCGAAGAUGAAGAGAAUGAGAACGAGGCGGACGAGGACUGCGAGUAUUUCCAGAGCCUCGUGAUUCCACCGCGACGGGUGUGGAAGUCGGCGUUUUUCAAAUUUGGGAUUAUUCUCCUGAUUGUCCUAUCCUCGCUCAUUGGCCUAUACUGUGCCACAGAUGGCCAUCUCUACGACUCGCCUAUGAAAUACUACAACCCACACAUCCCUCUUCACCCAUACGGCCAACUAUGCGGCUGGUUCUGCGCGUCAAUAUAUGUCACCUCCCGAAUCCCCCAGAUCGUCCUCAACUUCAAACAGAAAUUCUGCGCCCGCACCUCGCUGAUCUACUUCCUCUUCGCCUCGGGCGGUAACCUCAUGUUUAUCGUCUCCAUCCUCGCGCUCGAUAACAGCUCUCACUACCUACUCAUCAACUCAAGCUGGCUCUGCGGGACUAUCUUCUCGCUGAUGCUGGAUUAUCUCAUCGUUUUCCAGUCAUGGCACUACGACCCCGUCAGGUAUAAACCAAAAGUCCAGCAACCGGCCGUCGCAGGCACCACCGCCGCCGACGACACAAAAGAGCAAAUCGACGAUGGCAAGAAGAUCAAGUAGCGCACCUAUCACCCGCAUCCAUCAAACAUCAAGACAUCAACAUCAAGAAUUCACAUCCCUUCCAGACAAAUUAGAUUGGCUUUAUAUACGUCAGCAUACCUAGAUUUCACGCAAAGAUAUACAUCCGUCUUUUCAAAAGCAGAACGCGCCCGACGAUUAUCACUGACGCCUACGUUCGACCACAACUUUACCAUAUCAUUAUUCAAUACCUGAACUUGAACUACAUAAUCUAGACUAUAUCACGACCUCGCGCACACAAAUCCCCGUUCAGUCUCUUGAUACAGGCGGGCGAGAUGUGAGCGGUAUGGAACGUGUUUUGAGUAUAUUCAUGAUUUCUAUUCAGUACAUCUAUGGCUGUAAAGAGAAUAAUUCCGCAACUGUAAUUAGUCAAAUCAAUUAAAUGAGUUUACGUAUAA